GUCACUCGUUUUUUUUUGUUGAUCAAUUUUAUUUUCAAAUUAAUUCUUACCAAUUAGUUAAUUGUUUUUCUAUUUAAUUUAAUUUAGUCCUUUUUUAAUUACUUUAAAUUGUCCUCUAGAAUUAAUCAGUCAUCUUGUGUAUCAUUAUGGAGAUAAAAUCUAUUUGUUGCUUGAUUCUCUUCACUCUUAUCCAGGCUCAAGAGAUUUCCCAUCAAACUAAUUUCGAUAAAGUAUUAACCAUUAAACUGUACCAUUCGAUUGAUUCAUAUGACAAUUAUAAAUUAAGAGGAACCAUAACAAUACCAUCUUCCAGGGAGAAGGACAUUAUCAUUAAACAAGAACAACCUUUAACCGAAAGUGAAAUAGCUUCACUUGAGAAAUCUUCACGUAAUAAUGGAUUAUAUUAUUUAAAAGCUAUCGCUUACAAGAGUAACAAUGAAGAGCAAACCAAAAUGGCCACUUCAUUCAUGGAAACAUGUUCAUUAAUUCAGUCCAGUUUAUCGGAUAUUCUCAUGAUUUCAUUGGAUUAUUCAGGAAAUCUAAUUGGUAUUAGUUCAACUUCAACCAAUCCAACCUGUGGGCAACCAUCAACCUCUCCUCUUACAUUAGAUACUUUCAAUACUACGGUUUCACUGGUUACUACAAAUUUAGGACCAUUACCCGAUACAAUGUCUUACAUUAAAAGGAUGGAACAGGAAAAGAAUGAGAAAAUUAGAGGAGACAAAUCAGAUAAUAGAUCUUUCUUUGCAAAAUAUUGGAUGUACAUUGUACCUGUGGUCAUUUUCGUUCUCAUCUCAAACUUGGCGAAUCCUGAGGAACAAGGAGCAGCUCGAUAAAUCGCCAGAGAGAGAGAGAUAAUCGAGAAAAUCUAAACGAUUUUCCAUCUUUUUUUUUGCAGAAAUUUUUUCAUUCAUAUUAUACAAUUUACUUAAUUUCAAUUAAUUUCUCAUUUUCUUUUGAUAAAAAUUGAAAUUGAAAUCAAUUGA